AAACCCCCUCCCAAAUCCUUAUUAAUUUUUACCUCCCCUAGCUCUCGAAUACAUUUAUCACUCUCUUCUUCAUCACCAUCCUCUUCUUUGUUUUUCUUCUUCUCUUUUCUUGUUUUUGCCAGAAAAAAGUAAACCCGUGUGUUUGUAUUAAAACUGGAUCUUGAUGUUCAAACAUUCAUGUCUCCGGUAAUUAGUGAAAUCCUUAGAUCAGGCUUAACUAUAGACUCCUCUCUUAGACGCAGGACCCAUCUUGUUCAAUCUUUCUCCGUCGUCUUUCUCUACUGGUUCUAUGUUUUCUCAUAAAUCAUCUCUCCUUUAACCCUAAUAUAUAUAUACACACCAUAUAAACAUAUAUAUACGUAUAUCAUACUACUACUAUAUAGUUUUUUUAAACUAUACUAUAUAGUUUUUACGUAACUUUCGUCGUAUUUCGUGUGUUUUAAUUAAAUAUGAAUAAAACUGAAAUGGGUUCGCCCACGAGCGGAAACUGCUCGUCCGGUAUACAAAACUACGGUUCUGAGUCGGAUGAGCGGAAGAGGAAGAGGAAAGAGUCAAACAGAGAGUCGGCGAGGAGGUCGAGGAUGAGGAAGCAGAAGCAUUUGGACGAUCUAACGGCUCAGCUCGCUCAUCUCCGCGAAGAAAACAGCCAUAUGGUCGCGGGGAUCGCCGUCACGAGGCAGCACUACGUCACUAUCGAGGAAGAGAACUCCGUUCUCAGAGCUCAGUUUCUGGAGCUCGACCAGCGACUAGCUUCCCUCAACGAGAUUGUGGAAACCGCCGGAGGAUUUUGGAUGGAGAAGGGUCAGGGAGGAGGAGGUGUCGGUUACGUCAGCGGCGGAGGAGGGUUUUACGACGGAGUCAAUCUAGGGUUUCAUAACCAACCACUUAUGGCUUCUGCUUGUACUGUUCCUGCUGAUGUUUUCAACUGUUGCUAAACCAUGCACCAAUUACAGUUUCUUUAUGAAUGAUGUGGUGCUCUGUUUUGUUUCGUCAGUAAAAUAAAUAAAAUGAUCAACGCUUGUUUAAAAAUGGAUUAAUGGGGAAAAUAUUCAAGUUUUUU